CACAGCAGCCAGCUCCCCAUCUCGUCUGUUUACCCUCCCGCUGCAUCUGGCGGUGUCUACGCUCCGUCGCCUUACAACACCGCUCUAGUCCCCCCACAGCUCUUCUCCGCCCAUUCUCAUAUGAGUGGUUCCCCCCCAGUUCCUCAUCCCACCACUCUCGUCGACCCGAAUCUUCCAGAGGAUGUUCGGCAAGCCAUGCAGGCAGCGUAUGACUCAGUCGAAUGGGCUAACGGCGACAACGUACCCGCAGAAAUUCUUAUGCCCACUGUUCAAAAGCUGGGAAGGGACUCUUGGGAGUGUCGCAUCUGCCAUAAGGAACAUAAGCGACGUGAUCAUACCUUGACCCACCUUCCUUUCCUAGUGAUAGUGCUUUUGGACGUAAAGGUGACCUUGAACGCCAUAACACUAGACCUUUUAUAUGCUUACGUGCUUUCAGCCAUUCCCAGCUCCACCGCAAAGACAACCUGUCCCGCCAUAUCAGGUCUUGCAAGAAGGCGCCUCAAG